AUGUUCAAUAUCUUUAUAGCUCGAGCUUUGUCCUCAUGGAUGUUAUUUGAUCUAGUUUCUGCUCAAUUCCCGAGUCCUCUUUCGAACGUUGGUCAGACCUUUCCAAACCAGUUCUCACAACCUGGUGGUUCUCCUGGGGCUAUGGGUGGCUUUUCACCUAAUGGCCCACAAUUUCCUGCUCAACCAUUCGUCCCUGGUGGAUUUCCCGGUGGUGUUCCGAAUGCAUUUUCACCAUAUGGUCAACCAUUCUCUGGUCCUGGUUUACCUCAGCUACCCGCAUCAGGACUCGACACUAGUGCACCAUACCAAUGUGAUCAGUUCGGGGGUCAAGAGGCCGAGAUCAAGUUAAAACAUUGCAACCUUGCGCUGGGGGAAUUCUUUAACUACGGACAGUGGGUUUGGAGUACAGACCUUACGAGCUCUCGAACUUGUUCUACUUGUCAGGUCCUGUUAGAGUCACAGAGCCAAUUUGCUGUUGCAGUUCCUGCUCAAGCCUUAAAGAAAAAGGUUUUUGAUAUCCUAAGUGGCUGUCGCAACCGAGCCGGACUUGCUAGUUUAAAUGAAGGCGUUGCUCUACCAUUUGGAUCAUUUGGACCUGUGACUGUCAGUCUCCAAAUUGCUCGGGGCAAGAAAUGUACAGCAAGAGAGGAUGACGACGAUGACGACGACGAUGAUGAUGAUAGCGAUGAUGAUGACGAUCAUGCUUUUACCUCGAGUAGGUCUGCUCCAGGUAGGUCAACCUCAAGUAGCCUUGCGGCGGGUAAAUCUACCUCCAGCAGGCCUGCGUCUGGUAGGACUACUCCAUCUUCGUCUGGUAGUAGUACUGGUACUGCGGGUGGAGCAAGAUCACGCCCGGUGUAG